AUGGUAUUUAAGCAGCACCUCAGGAAGUUUGUCCUGGUCUUUUUUUAUGACAUUCUGGUGUACAGCAAGACUCUGGAGGAGCAUCUAGAACAUUUGAGGGUGGUCUUAGAAGUACUGUAUGAGCAUCAGCUAAGAGCCAACCUGAAGAAAUGCAGCUUUGCUCAGUCCAGCGUGGAGUACUUAGGACAUGUGUUAUCCCAACAUGGAGUGGCGGCAGACCAAACCAAAAUUGAUGCAAUGCAGAAAUGGCCACUGCCUAGGAACAUAAGGGAGUUGAGAGGUUUCCUAGGAUGGAUUAGUUAUUACAGGAAGUUCGUGAAGGGGCACGGCACCAUUGCGUGGCCUUUGACUGAGCAGUUGAAGAAAGACAACUUUUCCUGGGGAGAUGAAGCGACCCAAGCCUUCGAGAGGUUAAAGAAAGCCAUGACCAUUGUUCUUGUUCUAGCUCUUCCAGACUUUAACCAGGCCUUUGUAGUAGAGACGGAUGCAUCAGGAUAUGAGUUGGGGGCAGUGUUGAUGCAAAUCACAAGCCUAUAA